AUGAUAUUGGAUAUCGUAUAUUACAGUUUACUGCCACCUUUAAAGAUGAAGGUCGUCUGGCACCUGAAGUCAUGUCGUACUUUUCACACCAGUGUACUUUGUCCUCAGUGGCGCUUGAAAUUACUUGAAAAGACAGUCGUUCACUGUCAUGUUUUCACAGUACCAGUAAACCACUUUUCAACUCGUAAAAAAGAUAAUCAACUUACGAUAUUCACGAUUCCUAAUUUAAUUACAGCUUCACGAAUCACACUUACACCUUUUAUUGUUAAAUCUAUUUUUUGCUGUGACUUGAGUAUGGCUUUAGGUCUUACUAUCGUUGCCGGAGUCACAGAUACGUUAGAUGGGCUUAUAGCCCGAAAUGUGUCCAACCAGGCCUCAAAUGUCGGAAGUUUUUUGGACCCUCUUGCUGACAAACUUCUUGUGACUUCUUUGGUUUUGUCAUUGACAGUGAUGGAUUUUUUCCCAGUCAGUCUUGCCUGUCUUUUUGUUUUCCGUGAUUUGGGAAUAGUUAUUACGGUUUUGUCUCUAAUGUUCUGGAAUUUCGGUUCACUUACUACAAAGAUAUUCACCGAGAAAGUUGAAAUGAAGGCAUCAAAUAUCAGCAAGCUUGGUUAUAUCUGGAGCUUAACUCAAUAUUCUGUUUGACCUUCUGUCCCGUAAAAUUAAUUACACACCUUUGUUAGUUUGAUGCAAUUAUCUUAAUGAAGGUAUGAAUCAGUGCCUCUAUGGCAAUUUUGUUCUCAGUUGCUUUUUAGUCAGCCUGAAUGAUAACAAGAUUAAGUUUCGUUCUCUUAGCCUUAAAUUAUGCAAAAACUUCAAAUCUCUAGUCCUUUCGUAGUUCUAAAAUCCCUUUCGCUCACUUUGUUAAUCGAUCUCCAGUUUCUUAGGUAUGAAUGGUCCUGACCAGUGUAAUUUGUAAAAUCCUAGCUUCAGUAAAGAUCUGGAGUUUAUGCUGAAUUUAGGAACAAUAUACUGGAUUAAUCUGUUUACUUUCAAACCUGGUCGUUAAUGUAUUGACCAAAUCCCUACCAUUAUUUGAGUUUUUGAACAUAAACACCAAUGUCCUUUAAACUUAAUUAAGAUUAUGCAUUUACACUUGUUCUUAAACAGAGCGGUAUAACUCAUCCGGUUUUGCUCUUCAAUAGAACAACAAUUUUAGUGUUGUAGAACUUUUCAGUUUAUUAGCAAACGGUAGCCGUGCACAACUUAAUUCAUUGAAUCUUAGUUGAAUGAAGAAACUUACUUUUCUACUUAAAUUUUGACUAAGACACCAUGUUUUGACCUUUUGUUAAAAAUCAGGCUUCUGAUCACCUUUCUACACAAAUGUUUGUUUUGUACAGCUAUCCGUCUAGGUCUAUUUGCGUCUUACGGUUAGUCAGUCAGCUACGGCGUAGGACCAGGCACAUAUAUGCAUCGGUUCAAGUUGCCACACCUCAUUAACACAACAAGGUGAACACCAAAAUCGUAGUAGUUACUUCAUUGGUAGUAACAUAAAAGAAAGAUAGCAUAUAAGGAUAUAAUACAGGAAGAAAGAACUAGUUCGUAGAAAGAAAGGUAUAAAGUAACUUUAGUCUCAUAGGAUGACAAAGGGUGUAUAUACCUACUCCAUUGUGAUCAAUUCUGAGUCAUGUCACCUAGUGUCCAGCCACUGGUUCCCCACAAAAUAAUGAAACUCUUUCCUGGGUAAAAACCUCUGUCUUGCUUAAAUUCUUGUCUGUUCUGGAGUUUUAUUAAACGAUUGGUCAUUCAUUUUCUCAGUCUUUUAAUUGUCUAAUUAUAAUUAUUUCCAAUAAUUCUUACAUUGACUUUAUAGCUGAAUACUCUUUGUCAAUUAUCGAGUAUCAUACUUAGCAUGACAUAUCCUUUGUAUGGACUCCCUAACUACGAAUACCUAAAGGUUGUAUGGCUUCUUUCAGCUGGAACUACAAUUGGAUCUGGUUUAGGAUAUUUAAAAAGUUUACCAGAAUGGCGGAGACGGAUGGCUGAAAUCUCCACGAAAAGAAAUAGAUAGAUAAACUAUUUUAUUUUGUACACGGUUUUUUAAUCAACAAUUUAUAUCAAAUUGUAUCUCUUUCAACGAAAUGGUUGUCUUCAUUGUCAACAGUUUACAUAUAUAUAUAUAUAACAUGUUAUGAAAACUAACCGUUUGAUUGAAUAAAAUCCAGAGAAAUAAACUAUUAUAAAGAAAAUAAAUGAGAAUAUCCCAUGUACAACUUGAAAACAAUUAUCAUCUAUUAACUUAUGAUAAUUUACUCUAUUAAAGUUUAAUGCAUAAAUCUUAAUAUAAACCUGAGGAAUGAUUUCAUGUUAUUUAAAAGUCAAGUCGUCAUCUCUGUUCACUUUCAACUGAAUAAUUCAAAGUGAAUACACACUUACUAUAAAGUCCUGAAUUCUAUUUCUGUGUCAUAGGUAUGCACUGUUAAGCAAUCCUCAUAUCCUAGUGUGAAUCAGCUGUCCAAUGUUCUUUAGAUUUUACUGCGAAUCAAUUAAUUUAGUGAUCUCUUUGGAUAAAACAAGUAUAUACAUGAAGUUGAAUUAACAGGUCAACAAAACAAUGUGAAUUAUAUCAAAUUUACAGAUAAAUACAUUGUAGCAAGAGUCUGUAGCUGUCUCAUUAGGUGACAAAUAAU